AUGCGUAGGAAAUUAUGGUCUGAGCUCUCGUACCUAUCUGCCCAAGCGCCUAUUGCCUCUUCUCCUUGGGCAGUGGUAGGCGACUUCAAUCAGAUUCUGGAUUCAUCUGAGAACUCUUCUGCCUCUGCUGCUUAUUCAACUCGUGGUAUGAGGGAUUUUCUUAAUUGCACUAUCUCAGCUGCUCUGUCCGACCUUCCUUUUUGUGGAAACUCGUUCACCUGGUCUAACAAUCAAGGUCUCACGGUCAUUUCUAAAAAGCUUGAUCGAAUCCUGGUCAAUGACGUAUGGCUUUCUACCUUUCCUGAUUCUCUUGGUGUGUUUGGAGACCCGGGUAUCUCAGAUCACAGUCCAUGUUGUAUCUUCCUUGAUGCCUCCAAGCCCAAAGUCAAGCAUCCGUUUAAGUUCUACACCAUGCUAAAUGACAAUCCAGAGUUCCAGGCAAUCAUCUCUGAGUGCUGGAACUCCUUACCGUUUGAAGGGACAUUUAUGCUAAGGGUUUCUAAGAAACUAAAAGAAAUGAAGAGCAUCAUCAGAACUUUCAGCAAAGAAAAUUACUCAGGGAUAGAAAAAAGAGCUUCUGAAGCUUUUGAUGAUCUUGCUCACUGCCAGCGUGUUCUACUCUCUUCUCCUACACCUCAAGCCGGUUUGGAUGAAAGGAAAGCUUAUGAAAAAUGGUCCCUGCUUGCCAAGGCUGAAGAGUCUUUCUACCAUCAGAGAUCACAUGUAACUUGGUUGGAAAAGGGCGACUCUAACACCCCUUUUUAUCACCGUUACGUAAGAGCAAGGAAUUCUAUCAAUCAGAUUUUGUUCCUCAAGGAUGAUCUCGGUCAUAUCAUUGACACCAAGGAAGGGAUAAUGAAUCAUGUUCUGGAGUAUUACGAGAAUUUGCUUGGCAGAUAUUCACCCCCAACAACAUCCACCAUGGAUGAUAUUUCCCAGCUUCUUGAUUAUAGAUGCCCUCCUGCUGUGUCUGAAGCUCUUUUAGCCACUGUUUCUCCCCUGGAUAUUCAAGCAGUUUUCUUUUCCCUGCCAAAGAACAAGGCGCCUUGUCCAGACGUACAAGAGUUUUUCUCUUCGGGUAGGCUGCUUCAACAAUGGAAUUCAACGAUCUUAUCCCUCAUCCCAAAGAAGCAAAACUCUACCUUAAUCUCUGAUUUUCGGCCUAUAUCGUGCUGCAACACAACGUACAAAGUAAUCUCAAAGAUUCUCGCUAAUAGGUUGAAACAGGUACUGCCAUCAGUAAUCUCCAACACGCAAUCUGCGUUCAUUCCGGGAAGACUGCUGGUAGAAAACGUCCUCUUGGCAACAGAGUUAAUCCAAGGCUACAACUGGAAGAAUAUCUCUAAGCGAUCUAUGCUUAAGGUUGAUCUAAAGAAGGCAUUUGAUUCUCUUGAUUGGAGUUUUAUUCUGCUUAUAUUACGAGCCUUACAGUUCCCAGACUUCUUCGUUCAACUGAUCUCUCAAUGCAUCACAACGACACGCUUCUCAGUGGCGGUCAAUGGUGAGCUUGGAGGUUACUUUAGGGGUACACGCAGCCUUCGCCAAGGCGAUCCGCUGUCCCCAUAUUUGUUUGUUCUUGCCAUGGAAGUCCUAGCACAUCUCCUCAACAGGGACUAUGUAAACAUGCACAUUGGGUAUCAUCCGCUUGCUAUUGAUUUGUCUGUGACGCACCUUGUCUUUGCCGAUGAUAUUAUGGUUUUCUUUGAUGGUCAGCAUAGCUCUCUCGAACGGAUUGCGGAAACGCUAGACAGUUUCUCUGCUUGGUCAGGCCUCUCGGUGAAUCGUCAAAAAACUGAUCUCUACGUAGCAGGAAUGAGCCCGUUAGAAGCCUCAGAAUUAUCUAGCCUUGGCUUCUCUUUUGGCUCCCUUCCUGUUCGAUACCUAGGCCUCCCAUUAAUGCACCGCAAGCUCCAGAUCUGCGAUUACAGACCGCUAGUGGACCAACUUAAGAGGCAUUUUUCUUCCUGGUCAAGUAGAGCCCUCUCAUAUGCUGGAAGAAGGCAGCUUCUCUCCCCUGUCAUCACUGGAACUCUGAAUUUCUGGUUUUCAAGCUUCAUCCUACCUAAAGGUUGCAUAAAGGCAAUUGAAUCCCUUUGCUCAAGGUUCCUUUGGAAUGGUAACAUUACUGGUAGGUCUAAGGCUAAAAUCUCUUGGAAAUCAGUAUGCUUACCUCAGUCUGAGGGGGGCUUAGGUUUGAGAGACCUUACUACAUGGAACCAAACUCUUUCUCUCAAACUGCUAUGGCUGCUCCACUGCGAAGAUGAAUCCUUGUGGGCUUCUUGGACAAAACGAAAUAGGAUAAAAGGCGAGAGUAUUUGGAGUAUUGAUGAGGAAAAACAGCGAUCUUGGAUUUGGAAAUCCAUCCUUCACCUUAGACCUUUAGCUGAACGGUUCAUAAGAUGUGAAGUGGGAAAUGGAACUUCGGCCAGUUUUUGGUUCGAUAACUGGUUGCCCUUAGGUCCAUUGAUCAAGUUCUUUGGUUAUAAUGGUCCUCAGCAUAUUGGUGUCCUUCUUCAUGCCAAGAUUAGAGAAAGUUGUCCAAAUGAAGGCUGGCUUCUACGGCCUGCUAGAUCGCCCAAAGCAGAGCAACUUCAGAUCUUACUCUGCACUCUUACAUGGGAAGCUAUAAGGCAUAAAGGAGAACAAGCUGUUUGGGCUUCUCUAGUCUGGUUCAAGGGUCACACUCCACGACACGCCUUUCAUAUGUGGGUUACUCAGCAGGACAGGUUGCCUACUCGUGCAAGACUUGCUACUUGGGACCCAGGUAUUGAUGCAUCUUGCCUUCUUUGUGGUGGAUGUGUUGAGACAAGGGAUCAUUUAUUUCUCAGAUGUAGUUUCAGUGAACAAGUGUGGCACCUCGUAACCAAACGUCUAGGCUACCGGCCUACUCUGUUCCAUACCUGGACAACCUUUGGUGACUGGCUUAGUUCAUCGGAUUCUACUUGCCCCACAACGCUCCGUCGACUUGCUGCACAUGCAACUACAUACCAGCUUUGGACAGAGCGUAAUAACCGUCUUCAUAACGCAGCUUCCUCUACGCCUCAAAGGAUCUUCAAAGACCUUGACAGGCUAAUCCGGAACUCAAUCCUUGCAAGGAAAGAGCGAAGGAAAUUCAGAGGACUAAUGCAAGUUUGGCUAAAGCAUUCUUGA